CGAACACUCUUUUUCUAGUUUUGUUCUGCUCGGGUGCUUCGCUGUAGCGUUAUGCACUCAGGAAUCGUGCGUGUGUCCUGCUUUCACUAGCAAUCGUCAACGGGAAACACAUACCCUUGGUAGGUCCGGCAGUAAGCAAGUGCCGUCGCAGGACAAGUGUAUGCGAAUGCUUUGGACUACGUUAUCACGGUACAACUUCCCGCCCGUUUUAUUGUUUCCGGGUGACAUACGGGCUAACAGCGCUACGAAAGCUGUGUCAGGCUUUCCAUCUGAUGAGUUUGGGGUAUCCACUAACUCGUACCUCUCUUGUUGAACAUGGCUCGCUGCUUUCAUAUCCAGUAUCCGAUAGGAGCAGU